UUUUCUUGAAAGUCAAAAUAAAAAUUAAAAACAAAUACCUGAGAUUCACUUCUUUCUCAGUACUUCAACAAUCCAUACCGUCUCACUCUCUAACCCUAAACUCAAAAUCCCUAAUUCGCAUCCAUCAUUUUUGUUCUUCAGGAAUUAUAGUCGAAAUGAUGACAGAAACUGUGACCGGCGAUCAGUCGGUGCUUAAAUUGGAGAAAAAGGAUGCAAUGAAAUUGUGGUUGGAAAUGAAACAGAAUGGGUUUCUUACACCUUCUGUUGAUCAAAUGCCCUCACGAAGUAUUCAGUCGAAGAGACAGAAAAAUAAUAUGCCCGUUAAGAGAAAGGAGCUUGUAAAGAUGCAAGAAGUUAGUAGUUUUGAUAAGAUUGUUGAACCUGCAUUUGGGCUGGUUAAGGUACAUGAUAAUGCUGAGGUUUUGCUUUCCGAUGAGGUAAUUGUAAUGCCGAAAAGACAAACUAAGAGACGUGUAGUUGAUCCAUCCAAUAGGAGUAGGGAAGUUGCUAAAGUGCAACGGCUGGACAGGUUUAAUAAGCUUGCUGCGCCCAGUGGGUUGCUUAACGAAGUUAAUCCGGGGAUUAUAAACCGGAUGAGAAGCAGUGAACAGGUCUAUUCAGUAAUUAAAGCUCUAGUCAGAAGAGAUGAUGAUCAGAAUGUCCGAGUGGAUUGCCAGGGAAAGAACUUAGUGGAAAAAGAUGGAAAUGAAUGUUCUAACAGCUUAUCCAGGAGUAACGAGCUGGAACUUUGUUUUAAUACAGCAGAAACACUUUCACAUAUAACAAAACACAAGGAAGUGGUUGCUGAUUUGGGUGUAGCAAUGAUUAAGAUAGAGGAGAACGAAGGGGACGAUGUGAAGUUGUCAUUAACUUCGAGUAGGGAAUCAGAAACUGCGACCAGUUGUAUCUCCAGUGAGAAAUCAAUGCAAACAGCUAGUGUUGAUUCUCUUUCUCAACAAGGUACAACUAUAGCUUCUCAAUGGUUAAAAUGUCUCCACCAGGAUGUUACAAGCCGUCUUGCAGCAUUGAGAAAAAGUCAAAUGAGAGUUCAAGAUGUAAUCCAGACAGAGUUGCCUCUUAUUCUAGCAAGAGAAUUUGCAGUUAACCUAGAAAAUAAGCAGUUUUCUGCUGCUGGAAGUCCCAUUUCAGCCGUGGAUAUGCACCAAGCCAAGUGGAAUUCUAUGUUUCAUCGAAUGGAUCAAGAACUCAGUGAAGAGGCAAAUCAGCUGGAACACUGGCUGAACCAAGUAAUAGAAAUCCAGUCACACAAUAAUCAUGGCUUUCAGUUUCGCGAUUGGUAUACAAAACAAAUUUUGCAAUAGCCAAACACAUCAAGUCAUCAUACCAGGAAAUUUUUAAGCUCAUGGAGUCCCAUCAAGAGAAAUAAAAUUAUAAUAUACAUCUGUUGAUAUUUGCUGUUGAUCAAGAGCACACAGUGUAAAUAGCAGCUUCUGAUUGAGAUGAGGAUGUAAAUUUUGUCUUUUUAAACUUAAUAUUCUGUAAACAUAGAGCUAGGUUUUCUUCGCCGGCCUGUUGUCUUUUCAUUUUGACACAAAUUAGUCGUACUGAUGUUUGAUUAGCCGCUUCAAGUCUCUUGUAUGCCAUUUCCAACAUCUAAAUUAUUUUUAAUCCUCAGAACUCAGCAAUGGUCAAUGUAAAUGAUAAUUAGUAAGCUUGAAAGAUGACAGUGGUCACUAUAAUUUUUAAGUUUCGAUUUAUUUA